AUGGCAACCUCGAUACCCGUUGUAGACUUUCAAAAAUAUGGAUUACAUAAAAAAAAUGAAACGGAGAUCACCAACGCAGAUUUAAAGAAGAUUGGAGAUAAACUUAUUGCGGCGUUUGAUUCUAUUGGAUUCUGUUAUGUUAUAAAUCAUGGAAUACCACAAGAUUUGAUAAGUCAGAUAUUUGGAGUCUCAAAUACAUUUUUUGACUUACCAACAGAAACCAAGAUGAAAUAUGUUCGUCCUAAAGACUCAGAUAUGGACCAUGGAUAUGUCAAGAUGGAAGCUGAGAGUUUGAAUCCUGAAAGACCAGGUGAUAACAAAGAAGCUUUUGAUUUCGCACCAAGUCACCAAAAGUUUUGGCCGAAUAAAGAAGUUCCAGAGAUGAAAGAUAUAUUUCAAAAAUUUUAUGAUGAAUGUAAACAAAUGGCUUUUCGUAUAUUUGACGCCUUUACUUCCGGUUUGAACCUCGAGGAUAGAAAUUUUCUACGGAAUAGUCAUAAAAACAUUGGACGAGAUGGUAAUUGUACUAUAAUCAGAACAAAUUGGUAUCCACCAUUACCAAAAGACGGAAGUAUAAAACCAGGCCAAGAACGUUGUGGAGAACAUAGUGAUUACGGCUCAAUGACUCUUCUGUUUCAAGAUGGUAUUGGAGGGUUAGAGGUUUGUAACAAGAAUGGUGAUUAUAUACCAGCUACUCCUGUACCUGGUGCUAUUUGUGUUAACAUUGGUGACUUGAUGCAGAGAUGGACAGCCGAUAAACUCAAAGCUACUAAACAUCGUGUGCUCAUUCCAGAAAGUGAAGUUUUAAAGAAUAAAGGGAGGCAAUCCAUAGCAUUUUUUAUCCAUCCUGACGUUGAUCGUGUUAUAACAUGUUUGGAUGGAUCAGAUAAAUAUAAACCUAUAUUAGCAUCGGAUUAUCUGAAAUUAAGAUUUUCACUAACUUAUCUAUAG